CGCGUGACGUCUUCUGACGUGAGGCGCUUCUGCUUGUUUGUUCAACGCGCGAGCGCAGCGUAAAGCUGGCGUGCAUAUUGAACGCGGAGACGCUUCCCCUCUCGCAUUCUCCCCUAUGGGACAAAAUGGACUCGACCUACUCAAUCAUGCACUUCAGCAUACACUGCAAAGAGCAUGCUUUCACCUUUAGGAUUGUCUCUGCUUCUUGAAGUCACCCUGGACUUCUGUCGUCUAUAAAGCAGAUAGAGUGGACUCCCCAUCUGUAUCUCUGUGUUCGUCUAUCUCUACUGGAUCUUCACUUCUGUAGCUGUGUACAGUUUGCUUUUGGAGAACUGCACCGGUUUGUUUCUUCCUGCAAGGUUUUUGAGCCGAGUGCUGCUUUAACUGGAUUAAAGAGGAGAAAUAAGCUUAGCUGGGAGAAAUAGCCCUGGAGGAGCACGUGGCUGCGAUCGGGGAUUGAGGGAGGGAGCGAGGGGAGCGCUGCCACGGGAAGGAACUGCACUUUUUGUCCAGCCCAGAUGUCACCGUGGUGGACUACCAUUAUUGAUCCGCUGCUUUGCACUCACACGGUCCUGUGAUGGAAAGCUCACUGUGGCUGAAAAUACACGGGAACUAAGGCUGUAGAAGCACGCACAAUGAGUACCAAAAGCCUCUGGAAUAGCAGAAUCUAGGAAAAAAAAAAACCUAACCGCCAAUGACGAUCAUGAACUAAAAAAAGAAACUGACAUGUUGAGUUUUUACUUGAGCAAUGAGGUACGCAGUUCAUUGACAAUAUUAGUACCUCGAGGGCUGAGUGCAGAAUUCUGACUGACGGGCAGACAUAGAAAGACAACCCUAGAUGCACUUCUGUAGAUAGCACUGGUUUCCAAUGCUACUGAGCUUGUGAGCAACCGAGUAGACGAGGUGGUUUCAUUCGUACCAUGAAUUCUAGAGACAGCGUAGAGGUCAUGGAGACCCAGGAGAAGCUGACCGACAAGAAGGCCACUCCAGGAAAGGAGUUUGAGGGCGACGAGGACAAGAUCCCAGAGGCCUACAACUGCAACAUCUGCGGGCGAACCUUCCCUUUCCUCAGCUCGCUCUCGCAGCAUAUGAGACGCCACACGGGCGCGCGCCCUUACAAAUGCCCCUACUGCGACCACAGGGCCUCUCAGAAGGGCAACCUUAAAGUCCACAUCCGCAGCCACAAACUGGGCACGCUGUCUAGCCACCACUCUGAAGACGAGGAGGGCGGGGCAGAGGAGGAGGAGAUGAAGGUCUCUGAGGGUCUCGACGGAGGUACCAGUCCGACCAAGAGCAGCUCUGCCUGUAACAAGAUGAUCAAUGGGGACACCGGCGAGGAAAACCGGAGGAAAAUGCCGGCGCGGAGCAUGAAACGGGAAAAGUCUGUCAGCAACAAGCGGCCGUACUGCUGCCGCCUGUGUGGCUAUGAGGCGCUGCGGGAAGACCAGCUCCUGAGCCACAUUGAGAAAGUCCACAUAACAGCCGACGCAGAGGAGGACACAGUCCCGGUUAAGGAAGAGGUCGUAUCUGAGCCCGAUGCUAUCCAGCCACAAAGCGACGGGACAUUCCCCUGCGAGACCUGCGGCCAGGUGUUCAGCCAGGCCUGGUUUCUGAAGUCGCACAUGAAGAAACACGCUGGAAUCCUUGACCACUGCUGCCGGAUAUGCGGGAGACGGUUCCGCGAAGCUUGGUUUCUCAAGUCCCACAUGAAAACCCACAAUUCCAGAUCCAGGUCUCGCUCCAAAGCAGAGUCAGCGGAGCCUCCCGCCACUAUAAACGACGUAGCCCAGGAUCCUGACGUUGUGACGGCUUCUGUCGCAUCUGUUUAUCAGAUGUGCUCCAAAUGUGGGAACCUUUUCCCCAGCAAAGAGAGCCUGAGAGCCCACGAUAAAGUUCACAGUCCUAACUGCGGAAGAAAAUCCCCAAUCCACUGCAGGUCCACGGAUGAUGAGGACUCACCAGCUGCUAAGAGACGUUUCCUCGAAUACUUUAGCCUGCAGCGCAUUGAGGGGAAGAUGCUGGAUGAACCGGAGGACAGUGAGAAAAGGACUCUUGGUCAAAGAAUUCCAGAGCUAGAUCCAGUUUGUAGCUACCAGGCUUGGCAAUUAGCAACUAAAGGAAGGGUUGUGGAGCCAGUUGAGCCAAGUUACAAAGCGCUGUAUGGAGGAGGAAGCAUGGAGGAUGAAGCGCUUACGGACGCCACAGUGGUUUAUGAGAAGGAGAACAGCCGCUAUGUCCUGCAAGGCCAGGAGAAACGCAGCUCAGGGAGACGCAGCAGCUCAGGGUUGGGAAGCCACACAUCUUCAGGAGACAGGUCGCCAGAGAGCCUCAGCGACUCUGAGUACCGGCCCUCGAGUCGACAGGACAGACGCCGACCGUCCCAGUCACAAGCUUCUUCCUCCAAGGGCAAGGAGUGCUUUGAGUGUGGCAAGAUGUUCCGCAGCCGCCAUCAAAUGGUCGUCCACCAGCGGGUCCACAGAAAGGACGGAGGCAGGGCUCCAGCGGGAGACAAGGAAAGAACAGCAAGAGAUGAGCAGUGGGGCCCCACCAGUGAACCGGAGUCCGGUUCCCCUAGCAGGCCCAGCACCCCAGGUUAUGGAGACUCUCCACCUGCGUCCACGCUUGGAGACCAGGCUUCCGAGAUGGGAACCUCCAACUCUGGAGAGAUCGCAGAUGAAAAGCCAUACAUCUGUAGCCUGUGUGACUUCGUCACCACAGAGUCACAGGCCUAUAUCGCUCACGUUCGUGUCCAACAUCCGGCUGCCUCCAAAGACAGACCCAGCCCCGUUCCCAGUCCGAGCUCCAGCUUAGACAGAGACUCCCUCGGCGACUAUCCCAAACUCAAGAAAGCUUUUAAUCCAGGGCAGAAAGCCUCUUCUGAUGCUUACCUCUCUGCUCGUCCCUCUCCAUCUGAUCCCACCAUGAUCCCCAUGGAUUUAUGUGUGAGAGCCAAGGGAAUCAGGGACAUGGCCUCUAUAACUUUAGAUAGGAAGAACCUCCCAAGCCAUAAGUGCUCCUUCUGCUCUCACUCCACUCGCUACCCAGAGGUGCUCUGGAUGCAUCAGACUGUGGCUCACCGCAUCAACAGCAGCAGCUCCAACCUGGCUCCUAAGUGGGCUCUGAAAAACAACUCCAAGAGCUCCAGGGACAGCUCCGCGUCCCUAAAGAGACGCACCGGACCUCCACCUGUCCUGGAAGGGAGGGAAUGUCAGCCGCUGCCUCCGCUGAUGCGCAGCCAUCGCACGCGGCCUCCGACCUGCUCCGCCGAGGUUCCAAAAAAGAGCCGGCCAGCCAGUCUGGCAGCCACGCCAUCUUCAUCAUCUUCCACACCCUGCACGCCAUCCAUGCGAAGCUCUUCAUCUGCAUCAGGCAACCAGGCUGGGAGAGUCCCAGCACGGCCAGCCAGCAGUGCCAGCAGCAGCGGCGUCAAACACGCGGAGGACCAGACUCAGCGGGUCAGACCUAAGGUGGACAUCUACCCUCGCGUCGGCGCUCAGACGUCUUCCGGCUCCUUGGAGAAGAACGCCGGCAGCCGCCCUCGCCCCCCUGCUCCAGGCCUCAGCUUCUCCGCGGGGUCCAGGAUGGCCGACCGCUACAUGAUGCCUCAGGAGGGUCUGGGCUUCGUGCUGUCCAACAAACACAGCUUGGCGGAGUACAACCGAGCUCGGGGCUCGCCCAAUCGGCCGCUCCCCAGUUCUCAAAGCCACAGUCGUCCGAACCCUUCAAGGCCCGGCGCCAUCAACCACUGCUUGCCCACGACGUACAGCUACGCCGUCUCCCAGACACAAGGAGCUGUGGCUCAGACCUCCUCCUCCUCCUCCUCCUCCUCUUCUUCAGCCCCUUCAGAGAGCCGUAGGGAGGUGAAGCAAGAGCCAAGUGCAGAGACACCAGAGAUGCCAACUGAGGUCCUAGGCUUCCUCAAGAACUACAGCCCGCACGAGCUGGCUGCUCUCUACCACCGCUGGGGUGCAGCCAACACUCUGAUGGACCCAACAGGGAUGCUGAGGUCUCUGAUGCGGCAGGGGCAGUACUUCUGCCACGAGUGCGGGAAGAGCUUCAGUCAGCCGAGCCACCUGCGCACACACAUGAGGUCCCACACAGGGGAAAGGCCAUUCUGCUGCCAGCUCUGCCCAUACCGAGCCUCUCAGAAAGGGAACCUAAAGACGCACGUCCAGAGCGUCCACCACAUGCCUUUUGAUAACAGCCAGUAUCCCGACGCCAGAAGCUUGCCCCUGAGCCAGGAGGAGCGGAAAGCAGCGGCUGCCAAACACAUACCAAACCCACAAUGACGCCGACGACAGAUUUUACUGUGAUUAACGGACUGGCCUUGGGAUAGAUUGACUCAUGGUUGUGGAGGAAUGAAGGUUCUUUUGUUUUGUUUUUCCUUAAUGUUUUUUUCUCCUUUUGUGAAGAGGCCUGCCAAGAAAUGUUACAUUACGACAAGAGAAGGUGAAUCAGAAAAGACGCACUAGUGAAGACUGUUUGUGAGGAAAUGAAGACUGAAAAAUCAAAGUGUCUUCUCAGCAAGAAAGCUGGACUCACCAAAUGUAAUCUUGUGCGUCCUUUUGGUCGGCGUUGACAUGAAAGCUUGCAUCAGUUUAAGGAGUCCUGAGUUUUGUCGGCGUCUGAAUUUAGCUUUUCCUUUCGCUUUUGUGUUUGAGGUGUAAACUUGCCAAGUGCAGCCUUAAAGAAAAAUGUCAAGCAUCUAUUAGGAAGGAAAAGUCAACGCGUUUGGAGCUGGUUUAAUCAGAAAUGGUGGAAGUGCUUGACUACCACUGUUGCCCCUUUAAUUAACGCUUUCAGUUUCUGGCUUUGUUGUACGCGAGGAUGGACCAAUCCACGGGAGAAGAGGACGGCCCUUCAGUUCAUCCGGAUUCUAAUUCAGAGGAGGACAAAUUGCAACUCGCUUCUCACAACUUCAUAGCUCAGUUCAGAGCUGCGGUGGGAGCACCGCUCUGAGGAUGCAAAGAUGAUGACUUGAAAGAGAGGGAUGGGACAAGAAAGAAAGAGAGAACGCUAAUGGUGAUGUGUGCUUAAGUGCUCAUUAAA